ACAGGACCUAAGGCUAUCUUAUAGGAGUUUAAAGUGACAUUGUUGCAUUUUUUUUUAUUUUUUGCUGAGAAAAACAAUAUUUAUCGAAAAGAAACCAAAGAAUAUAAAUUAAUUAAUGAACAUUUGUAAUAGAAGAUUUUUAAGAUGUCAAUUUCGAAAAAAAUUAAGGAAUGGUAUAUUUCAAUCGAAUCUCAAAAAUUUGAUGGCAUAGCGGAAGAAGUAAAGAAAAUUUUACCAUUGUCAAAUCCAAAGUACAAUAAUCACAUCGAUAGUUUAAUAACACGAUUAACACGAUCAUAUAUAAAUUACCAUGAUUCAAAAAAAGGAGACAUUGCAAUGGGUUUAACAAUUUAUGAAUUAACCCAUUGUCUUUGUGAAAUAUUUACAGAAUCAAGUAAUCCAUCGAGACUUCGUUCUGGAAUAUAUCAUAUUACUCGAUGUCUUCGUGAAUUAAAACUUUAUUCGGAAUCACAAAAAUUAUGUAAUUAUAUAAUACCAGGAAAAAUAUUUUCUCACGAUUCACAAGAUAAUGAAUAUUUUUUAAAACUUUCUCACGCAUGGCGUCACAGUAUCGAUAUGGAAAUAAAAUCCCUUUCAUCAACAAAAUUUGAUUUAAAAAAAUAUAAUUCUCUUUUGGAAAUGAUAAAAUUUGAUUUUCAACUUCUUAAAUACGCCGAUAAAUUGGAGAAUUAUUCGGUAAUUUUAUUUGGAAGAUUACAAAGGUACAUUGAUCAAAUAAUUAUUUCUGAUAAAGAAUGGACGAACAAUAGAAUAAUAACGUUCAUUAAUGAUAUGAUUGAAUAUAUUAAAACAUUGCAAAGUAAUUCAAAUUUAAUUAUUAAUCCAUUAAAAGUUUAUGAUGAAAUCAUUGAUAUUAUGCAUUGUUUAAGUAUGAGAAUGAUUAAGUCGAAUAAAAUAAAUGAAGUAUGGAAUUUUAUAAAUAAAUGUGCUUCAAAGUUUGAAAUUUUUCUUGAAAUAAAUUCUGAAGCAAAAAAAACAUUUCAACUUCAACUUGAUUUUUAUAAAAUUCUAAUAAAGCCAAUUACAAAUUUCGACGAAGAAAUGUUAAAAGAAAUUUGCAAUUAUAAAUCUGAAUUUGAAAAUAGAUUAAAAAUUAGCAAUCAGAAAAAUCUCCUAAAAGCAAAUUCAUUGGCAAUUAGUAAAAUUCUCACUUCUCUCUUCAAUUAUUGGCUAAAAUGUUUGAAUUCAUGUAAAACGGAAUGUUUCAAUAAAAUAUUUUUUGAAAUUGUUGAACUUAUUAAUCAUGCGGCAAUGCUUCUUUCUGAUCAACGUUUAAAAAAUUGUAAAUGUGAUUUAACAACAUGCACAGUAAAAUACAAUAGUUACGAACAAAUAAAUAUUAUUCUAAAAUGUGGAGUAUUUAUUUGUAUGAUUGAUAAAAAAGAAUUAUCCAAAGAAUUAGUAAAUUUCAGUCGUGAUUUUAUAAAUGAAAUAAUUAUAUCAAUUUAUGAAUAUAAACAAACAAAAUGUGGAUUAUAUUCACAUCUUUGGUCAACGUGCGGUCAAGUAAUGUACAAUUUUGGUCUAUUAACAAGUAUAGAUUAUCUUGAUGAUAGUGCAGAAAUAUUAUCAAAUCUCUGUUCAUUUAUUAUUCAAGAGGAUGGAAUAAAAUGUAAAAAUAAUUUUCUUCGCACAUCUAAUCCAUUAUCGCUAGUGUUACAUAAAUUAAGCGGUGUUUAUUAUCGUGCUGAAAAAUAUAGAGAAGCAAUGAUUGUCACUGCAUUUAAUGGAUUAAUAAGUUAUGAUGAUAAUGAUUCGAGAGCAUUUAAAAUGUGGGCAAAUAUAAAACACAAAUAUAAAACUGAAUCGAAAGAUAUUAAACAAACAAUGAUUGAAUGUUUAAAAGCAGAUAAAAUUGCAAUCAAGGAACUUGGAGUUGAAAUUGAAUUGAAUGAUUAUAAUUUAAUUAAAUUAUGCAUAAAGGAAAUACAAGGAUUACAAAUGGCAAAAGUAUGUCUCACUGGGGCGAUUAAGGCAUGUUUAAAAGAAUUGGAUUCAUUGAAAAAAAAUACAAUUGAAUAUGUCGAAGGUGUUCAAUAUCUUGGUUAUCAUUUAAUUUAUUUUCGUGAUGAUUGUACAAUUAGUGAAUAUUUAAAGAGAGCUGAAUAUUAUUUAUCAAUUGUUGAUAAAGAUUCUACAUAUAAUUCUUGUCUAAAGGCAAAUAUACAAUUUUUUAAAUUCAUGGAUCAAUGUAAUACAACUGGCAAGAAAAUUAAAGAGGAUAUUAAAAAUGCAAAAGAUAUUUUGCAAAAACGUAAAAAUCAAACUCAUGAUGAAACUAUUGAACCUGAUGAAGUGGUUCCUGUUUAUAGGACAAUUAAUAUGAAGCAUAAUGAACAAGUUUUUUUGGAUUUGAGGAAAAUUCUACGUAGAUGGAAAAAAAUUUUUGCCAAAGAUCCGAAAGAAAUUAUUAAUUGUUGGGAGCCUAAAAUUACUCUUGAUAUUAUAAUUAUUGCUGGAGAAGUCGCACGAUUGCAUUUAUCACAAGAGAAUGAAAAACGAGCUUGGUUACUUGCUUACGAAUUAGCUUCCGUUUUAGAAGAUCAUUCUUCAUGCUUAUAUGUGACUGCUCGCAUUAUUUCUCUUCGAUAUAUUAACAAUAAUUGGAUUGAUAAGGUUCAUAACUACGCAGUUUCGUUGAAAACUUCUGAUGAUAUUGAGGAUAAAAAUGCUGCUGGCAUGUUUUGGACGAGUUUAUCAGAUUUUUAUUUUGAAACAGGAAAGAUAAAAGAGGCAGUUAUUUUAUUAGAUAAAGUAAAGGAUUUGGAAUCAGUAAGCCUUAAAGAGAAUACUUCACUUUAUUUAGAUUAUCUAGAUACAAUUAUAAGAUAUUAUCAAUUUUAUUCUAAAACAUCGGAUCAGGAAUUAUAUGCCGAGUUAAUUGUUAAUCAUGUGUACGCAAUGAUUACUGUAAAUGGAUCUCUUGAAAUUGGAGGAAGAAAAACGUACUACGGUCUCAAUACAUUGUUGGAUGCAGUAAAUAAUAUGUCACUAGUAAUGUUCAAUUUUAUUUCAUUUAGAGAAAUAUCGGUUCAUUUAACGCUUAGACUUGAAUUGGCCCAAUCGCUUGGAGCAACUUUACGUGUUGCCGAAUGUCUCAAGUCAUUAUCUUACAUUGAUUUAUCACGAUUUAAACUCGAUGAUUGUGAAAUAAAACUCCAGGGUAUUGAACAAAUUCUCGACAUCGAAGGAUUUGGAUUGUCAAUGAAUAACAAAACGUCCAAAUUACACAAUGAACGUACAAAUAUAAUAUUAUCACGUCGAAUGGACGUCGAUGAUCCUCUUCGUGAUGUAAUGGAGAAUAAUGCAUCGCCAAUUUUACGAAAGAAAUUUUUUUCACCUCCUGAAUUUAUGCUUCACGAUAAAUGUGAAUGCUAUCGUUGUUUGAAUAUUCCCUAUCAGCAUUUAAUAUUUUCAUGUACUUAUAUUCGAGCUCAAAUGUAUUCUCUUAAAAAUUAUUCUUCCCUUGCUGUUCAACAUUUUCAAGGCUCUCUGGAUGUGAGAACAAAAGUAUUGACGAGGGAAAAAAUUUUAAACGAAACUAACAUUACAGAAAAGCGUUACUCUUGGAAAAAAUAUUACACCACCGUCGAUUUUAUUCUAAUGAUGAUUGAUUUUAGUAAAUUUCUCAUGUACCAUGAAACAGAACCAAAUGAGAAAAAUGCAAUGCAAAUUGCAUUCGAAGCAAUUAAUAUUUGUAAAAUAAAUAAUUUACAAACUCAUCCGGUAUUUACUGCAGCUAAUGAACUUUUAUUUUCAUAUCGAAUGCAAAAAAUCAAUCCAUCAUUUAAAGCUUUCACAGUUCCUGAUGUCAAUGAUGUGGAAAUUACCGACCUAAUUCCUGAUAAUGCAUUUCCAUUAAAAUCUUGUGCGACACCAUCACAUUCAGGAGAACUUCCAUUAAAGAUUCUACAUAAAGAUAAAAUACCAUAUCCUUUGCCUAAAACUAAAGUUGAUAUGAUCUUCAGUGAAAGUGAAGACGAAGAAGAUAAUACAACGACGAAAAAAACCAGAAGACAACCUUGUAGAAAACGACUUAUCAUUGACGAAAUUGAUACAAUUGGUGAUUCAUUGAAAAAAGUUUCAAUUCUAUCUGAUGAUGAAACUACAAAGAAUGAAACAAGUGAAUCUUCGAAAUCAAAAUUGGAGGGAGAAAAGAAUAUUGAACCAGUCGCAUCAACUUCUUCGUUAAAUGUUGAAAGUACAAAAAUUAAACGACAAUCAAGAACUAAAACGCCAAUUUUAACUGUUUCUUCAGAUGUUGAAAAUUUACAGAUUAAACGAUUGUCAUCGAGAAAUAAAAUUACAACUUCCGUGAAAAGUGAAUCAUCGAAAUCGAAAACGCAAACGAAAAAAAUUAAUGAAUCAGAAGAAUCAGGCGAUUCAACUUUUUCGUUAAGUGUUGAAAGUACAAAAAUUAAACGACAAUCAUCAAGAACUAAAACAUUAACUGUUUCUUCAGAUGUUGAAAAUUCACAGACUAAACGAUUGUCAUCGAGAAAUAAAGCUACAACUUCAACGAGAACUGAAUCAGUAAAAACAAAAUCAGAGACAAAAAAAAUACUAUCAAUUGAUAAAGCACAAGAUUCAGACGAUUCAAUGUCUUCCACUUCCUCGGGUAUUGAAAAAUCACAUAGAAGAAGUAGAAGAUUGGCAAAGCAAAAUUCAAAAAGUUUAAGUCCCAAUAGAUGCUCGUCACCAGAACUUUUUACAUCGGAUGAUGAAUUUUGUUUGAAAAAAAAAUAAAUCCACUUUUUUUGGAAUAAAAUAAUUUUUAGUGAAGUAAUGUAAAUACAUACUUUAAUAUACAAAUUUCGUUUUUAUUUAAGUUUUGUAAAUAAAUAAGCAAGACUGUCAAUAAUUUAGUAUUAGAAAAUUUUGUAAUAAUUUUCUUACAUUAAUAAUUAAUUAGAUUUUAAAAAGAUAUUAUAAACACAUUUUCAAAUGUUUUCUACUUUUUUUUUUAUUCUUAUACGUUAAAAAUGUAAAUUUUAUAAUAAAUUAUUUUCUCAAAGAAAAAAUUUAUAAUUUUUGGAAAUUAAAAACAAAUUUAUUUCUAAUAGCAUAUAUUUAUUAAAAUACGAGAUAUUUACAUUCGUCGUAAAAGAAAAGUUAUUACAAUAACUGUAGUUACUAUAUUUAAAAGAGCUACCAUUAAAAUUUAUAAUCAAGAAAUUGAUUACUUAUAAUAAUUAGAGGUCGUUUUUCUUUUUAAAAAAAAGGUAUUCAAUUUAUCAAAAACAAAACCUUUCAUAAAUAGUGACUAAUUUAAAUACUCUACAAACUCAAAAUUGUUGUUUUCAUAUUUGCGAAAUUUGCCGUUCUUAUGAAAUCUCCAUCUAUUAUUUAUAUUACUAAGUAUCACACAAAGGUCCUUUUUACACGUUUUGUCGUUUUAUGACUUAAAACACACAAAAAUUUUUAAGAACAAAUAUAAUAGAAAUGUCAUAAGUUGCUCAUUAAUUUAAAAAAAAAAGUAUUUCACAAUUCAAAUAGUAAAAAUAAAAAAUUAUGGCUUUAAAUAUAAAUGCACAAUUAUGUGCAAAUAUUUUUUUUAAAGUAAUUUCAUUUUUAUAUUUUAUAUUAAAAUAUAAAUUCUUCGCGUAUUUAGUGCCCAAUAUAUAAAUAUAUAUAUUUUUCAUCUACUUUCAUAAAAAAAUGUUUUAAAAGACUUAAAACGACCCAAAUUUGAAAAUCGUUGAUUCAUAAUACGAAUACCACAAAAAAAAAAAAUUAAAA